AGCCCACAAAUUUGAAGAUAGAGAGGCAGAGAGCCUACCGCAAUGGCGAGCCCCAUCUCAACUCUAUCCAUUCCCAAAGUUUCAAGCAGCCCUCACCUUCUCCCUUCACUCCCAAAACCAAGCAAACCCAUAAGAUUCUCUUCAGAGCCCGAGGCCUCAACUUCAUCAUCUUCUUCCUCCUCCUCUUUUGGAUCGAUUUCUUUCAACAGGAGGAGGUUAUUUGAAGUGGGUGUUGGGAUUUUGGCAUCCUCAGUUGGGAUUUCCGAUGCUAAGGCAACUAGAAUAGAGUAUUAUGCCACUGUUGGAGAGCCAUUGUGUGAUAUGAACUUUGUGAAGUCUGGUCUUGGAUACUGUGAUGUGGCAAUUGGGAGUGGAGUGCAGCCCCCACCUGGUGAACUCAUCAAUAUCCACUAUACUGCCAGAUUUGCUGAUGGAACAGUAUUUGAUAGUAGCUAUAAACGUGGGAGGCCACUAACGUUACGAAUUGGCAGGGGAAAGGUCUUACCGGGACUGGAUCAGGGUAUUUUAGGGGGUGGUGGUGUUCCUCCAAUGCUUGUUGGUGGGAAGCGGAAGCUUAUGAUACCUCCAUUGUUAGCAUAUGGACCUGAACCUGCAGGAUGCUUUUCAGGUGACUGCAAUAUUCCUGCUAACGCAACUCUCCUGUAUGACAUUCUUUUUGUCGGAGUUUACAAGUGAAGAGUACUCAUGGUGGAUCCUGCACUUAUUUAAGGCCUGGUGGUUGACGUGACCGCAGAAAAAAGAGAAAUUCUGAUGUGGCUCCUGCAGGGAAUUUUGUGGGACAUGAGCAUCAAGUCUUUCCAAGAUUAAGAUGCCGAGUAAUUAUUGGAGCAAGUUGAUUAGCAGUGCACCUUGGUCUUUUCCUUUGUAGCAUCCUAGAUUGUGAUAUUUGUAUUAUGCACGUAUAAAUGUAAGUUAUCCUCCUAUAUUGAUGCAUGUAUAUGUACUGAU